UCUGACUCUACCAGUAGAAUUCUGUAUCUACGAGAACAACUAAAGAACUAUGGCAGAAGAAGCUCCAGCAGCAGCUCCGGCGAAGGCCCCAGCAAAGUCUCCCAAGAAGAAAACCGCAGCCCGUCCCAAGAAGGAUGGACCCACCAUCCCGAAGCUCAUUGUUGCGGCCGUGGCUGACUCCAAGGAACGCAAAGGGACAUCUCUGUCCGCCAUCAAGAAGGUCCUCGCCGUCAAAGGUGUCGAUGUGGGCAAGGCCAAUAAGCGUAUCAACACAGCCGUGACCAAACUGGUGACAAAGGGUGUUCUGUCCCAGACUAAGGGCACAGGAGCCUCUGGAUCAUUCAAGCUUACUAAGAAGGAGCCUAAAGCCCCCAAGCCCAAGAAGGUGGUGAAGAAAGCCCCCGUCAAGGCUAAGAAGCCAGCCGCAAAGAAAGCUACACCCAAGAAGAAGGCAGCCGUCAAGAAGGUGGCCGCUAAGAAGGCAACACCCAAGAAGGCAGCAGCCAAGAAGGCUCCGGUCAAGAAAGCAGCAGCUAAGAAGCCUGCAGCCAAGAAGAGUCCAGCAAAGAAGGCAGCACCCAAGAAAGUAGCAGCCAAGAAGCCCGCAGCUAAGAAAGCUCCAGCAAAGAAGGCUGCAGCCAAGAAGACCAAGAAGUAAAUCACUUCUACUCCUGUCUGCCUGGCAUUCAGUGCACC